GAGCUUCCUGACCAUGGCCUUCAAUCCCGAUGGCGAGCGGACCAGUGCGAGUUCGGCCCGCGGACUCGAGUUACCACCCAAGCCGGCGGACCCGCCAGCGGAUGGCAUGUUUGCCUGGUUCAAGAGCGAGAACGCGGGAUCCGUUUGGCCCAGCUCCGUGGGCGACUUUGUUGGCCGAUGCAGCUUGAACUCCGUCUUCCGGACAGUUUCGGCUGGUCAUGGGGCCGACCGUCCGGUCACCAGCAUCCGUGGAUACAGUUGGUCAGGAUUCACUUUCGGUGACGUCAUUCCCGUCACGCACACCGUGUGUUCCGUCACCCGCUACCAUAUCUGGCCUAACUCCAAGAAGCGGCAGCGGAUACUCCAGUCGGAGAAAAGUUCCAACUGGCUCCAUGGCCACUGGAAAGGGAACACCGGCGUUGUUUUUUACAAUGGCUGGCUCACACCGGACUCCCGGAACAAGAACGUGGAGGAUUGGGUCGUUUUGUGUGGCACCAACGAUGCUCAAAGGGCCGUCGACGGCAACAAAACCAAUAUUGCCACCGGCAGCGGCAAGAAGUUCAGCAAGACUAUACCAAUGUACGUUAAUCAUGGGUACGACGAGCGCUCUGAUUUCGACGUCAUGGAGGUGAUUACCUGGGACAGGGGGCUGUCUGAGGAGGAGAUGCGGGCCACCGUGGACUACUUGAAUUGGAAGCUCAGGGUGGGUGCCGUCCUUGAGGUCUCUGAGCACCUGUCCACGGAGUUACAGCAUAACUUCGACUCCUUCGGCACGCAACUGCUGGACAACGUGCAGUCACAGAAGUUCGACGUCACCUUGGCAAACGGCUACAAGGCAGAGUUGACAGGCUGGACACAUACCCGGGACUACGCGCGCGGCUUUAUCCGAACCCUCAGCGGCCCAGCCACAGCAGUUGUCAACGGCUUGUCGCCAGCAGCUCAGUACAUCUACCAGAUCUAUAUGGUUCAUGAGAAGUCGAAUUGGGAGGGUGAAGCCAAGAUCUCCGUGAACCACGGGGUAGAGGCGAGGGUUCAUCAGAAUGAAGUUAAUGAGGCCAGGUUUGCAGGCGUGGCAACGGCGACUCCCCAGGGGCAGCUCCAUCUCGAGUUCCAGAAGAUCUCCCCUCAUGUCCACCUCUCCGGCAUCGCCAUUGCGAAGGUGGGAUCCCCGACGCGGAUUUCGAAGCCAGCAGACCCACCCUCCCAGGGCAUGUUCGCAUGGUUCAAGAGCGAGCAUGCCGGAACCGUGUGGCCCAGCUCCGUGGGUGGCUUCGAGGGCCGAAGCAGCCGAAACUCCGUAUUCCGAACGGUUUCGGCGGGCUACGGGGCCGACCGUCCCGUCACCAGCAUUGAGGGAACUGCUUCGUCCGGCUUCACCUUCGGAGACGUCCUUCCACCAGCGCACACCGUCUGCUCCAUCACGCGCUAUAGCAAUGGAGACCAUCGCGGGCGCAUCCUACAGUCGUCGAAAAGUUACAACUGGCUCCAUGGCCACUGGAAAGGGCGCACCGGGGUUGCUUUCUACAACGGCUGGGUCACAUCGAACUCCCGGAACAAGGACAUGCGGGAUUGGGUCGUUCUGUGUGGCACCAACGAUGCUCAGAGGGUCUUUGAUGAGAGCAGUACGAACAUUGCCACCGGCAGCGGCAAGAAGUUCAGCCAAACUAUACCAAUGUACGUGAAUCACGGGCACGAUGAGAGGUCUGCCUUCGCAGUCAUGGAGGUGAUUACCUGGGACAGGGCACUGUCCAAGGAUGAGAUGCUGGCCACCGUGGACUACUUGAAUUGGAAGCUGCGGGCGGGUGCUGUCCUUGAGGUCUCUGAACACCUGGCCCCCGAAUCUGAAAGCAACUUCGACUCCUUCGGCAAUCAGCUGCUGGACAAAGUGGAGUCACAGACGUUCGAGGCCACCUUGGCAAACGGCUACAAGACAGAGUUGACGGGCUGGACACAUACCCGGGACUACGCGCGCGGCUUUAUCCGAAACCUCAACGGCCCAGCCACAGCAGUUGUCAAAGGCUUGUCGCCAGCAGCUCAGUACAUCUACCAGGUCUACAUGGUUCAUGAGAAGUCGAAUUGGGAGGGUGAGUGCAGGGUAAGCGUGAACCACGGGAUAGAGGCAAGGGCCACCGGGAAUUUCAGAAAUGCGGCCAAAGUGUCGGGCGUGGCAGUGGCGACUCCCAGGGGGGAGAUCAAUCUCGAGUUCCAGAGGGUCUCGCCUCAUGUCCAACUCUCCGGCAUUGCCGUUGCGGCCGUGGCCAGCUCCACGAGCCUUCUGCAAGAGGAGGGGCUUCCUAG